AUGGUAAAUCAAACACCUCUAAGCGUUGUCAAAUAUCCAAUUGGGAUAGAGUCUCGUAUAAGACAUAUUUAUCAGCGUUUAAGUAUUGGAAAGAAUGAUAUUAUACUCAUUGUAGGGAUAUUUGGGACCGGUGGAAUUGGGAAGAUAACUAUUUCAAAAGAUAUCUACGACCAAAUUUCUUCUCAAUUUAAAGGUAGUUGUUUCUUGGAAGAGGUUAGAGAAACUUCAAAACAGACAGGAGAAAAUUUAGUUGGAGAUCGUGCUUCGUUUGGAUCAGGAAGUAGAAUCAUCAUAAUAACAAGAGAUCAACAAUUAUUAAAAAGUUUUGAAGUUGAUUCUAAAUACGAGGUGGAGAUUUUGGAUGACAAUGAAGCUCUUUGGCUCUUUAGCUUGCAUGCUUUCAAGAAAGACGAACCACUUGACGGCUAUGUGGAACUCUCUAAACAAGUAAUAAAAUAUGCACAAGGUCUUCCAUUAGCUUUAACAGUGCUAGGUUCGGAUGUAAAAGGUCAAAGUAUAUAUCAAUGGAAAAGUGCACUUGAUAAGUAUAAAAACAUUCCCAAUGGUAAGAUUCAGAAAGUACUCUUAGUGAGUUAUGAAGGCCUGGAUGAUAUUGAGAGGGAAAUAUUUCUUGAUAUUGCAUUUUUCUUCAAAGGAGAAUCUUUGCCUGAUGUCAUGAAAAUAUUUGAUUAUUGUGGUUUUUUUUCCAGACCAUGGAAUCAAGAGGCUUAA